AUGUGUGAUGUUCUGGACAUUAUUGAAUGUCCUUUCAGGGCCGAUGAUUGUGUCUUACCUCUCAUAAAGACAAGCUCUGGAUACGAAAUGCGCGUUUGCAGCCGACCUGAUUCAAAGAAGGUCCUUGCAACAAAGAGUAAAAAAGAAUCACGAUAUCUGCAUGUGCGAGUCGAUGACUAUGGGUGCAAACAGAUAGGAUAUACAGAGAAUAUGUAUCUGUUCUCCACGCCUGCCGACUUUUACGUUCCUAUUGAUCAAUGCUCAAGAGAGUUUUACUCAAGUAUCUAUGACAAGCUGGUUCAUGGAGACAUGCAACAGUGCAUGGAAGUUGCACAGAUGUUUAGUGAGUCGUAUAUAGACAAUGAGGUUCCGAUGUAUCCAGCACCUGUGAUUUCCACAGUGGAGAGUUUUGAGAACUACAACUUCAAAGACUUCAGGAGUGGAAGAGAUAGACCGAUAGAUACGAUACAUGCAGGAUAUGAUGAUGAGAUACCAUGCGAGCCUAUUGAAGGACUCGAGGGCUCUUUGAUGAAAUUACACUCGGUAGAUGUGAUGGAGAUUCAGAGACAGAUAUUUGGGCAGGUGUUUUUGGUUCAUCCAAUACUCAGGAUUUCAAAUGUGAUACGUAUGUUUGACUUGGAUGAAAGGGCAUCUGAAGUUGAGUUCAGCAACUGGAAAAUAAAGAAGCUUCUUCCAUUGCAUGCAUACUUCAUUACAUCUGGACCAUGGAGGGGAUGCUGGGCAAGGUUUGGAUUUAACCCGAAGGCUGAUCAGUCGAACUUCAAGUAUCAGAUAUACGACAGUCGUAAGUCUGGACGCACUUUCCAAGUGUUCGAAGCAGAAAACGUUGUUUUUGAAGUUGAAAGGAAUAAGCCAUGGUACCUUACAGACAAGCCAAAUUUUAGAACGGGAUUCCAUACAAAGGCUCUUCUCAACUUGUUGAAGUUCAGGUCUGAGUUGGAGUUCCAUCAAGCAGAUGACGGAGAUGAAAUGGAUUUUGAAGUUUAUGACUGA